AAUCACAGAAAGGCGUUGGCACAGAGGUUUUUGCGUGAACCGUCUAUAAACGCGCUGGAUUGGGUGUUAAUCAGUCAACUGCUAUUCACAGCAAUCAUGCCUGAACCAGCAAAGUCAGCGCCCAAGAAGGGCUCAAAGAAAGCCGUCACCAAGGCGGCCGGCAAGGGUAAAGGAAAGAGGAGAAAGACAAGGAAGGAGAGUUAUGCCAUCUAUGUCUACAAGGUCCUGAAGCAGGUGCACCCUGACACCGGGAUUUCUUCCAAGGCCAUGAGCAUCAUGAACUCCUUCGUCAAUGACAUCUUUGAGCGCAUCGCUUCUGAGGCGUCUCGCCUGGCUCACUACAACAAGAGAUCCACCAUCUCCUCCAGAGAGAUCCAGACCGCUGUGCGCCUCUUGCUGCCCGGUGAGCUGGCCAAGCAUGCUGUGUCAGAGGGCACCAAGGCUGUGACUAAGUACACCAGCUCCAAGUAACUUUGUAUGAUUAUAUCAACCCCCAACGGCUCUUUUAAGAGCCACCCACCUUCACUUAAGAGUCGGGACCCUGAAAACUUUAUAACUCGUGGAAAUGCAUAGCACAUUUUGCUCAUGGAGUCGUGACAAAUGCCACAUAAUGCUUGAAAUUGAUAAUAUCAAUUAACAAAACUAUGAAUUGUGUAAAUUCCCUUUCAAUUCUCAAUGCAUUCCUAAUUAUUAUUUAAAAUUUGCAAGUUAAUUGUUUACAUGGAUGUGUUUGAAAAAAAAAGCAUUUAAAAAUUUUGCAGACACAGUAGGUAUAGUGAUGGGAUCAGCAGUUCUUUGGACAGUACUGACUCACCAGAAUCAGUUCCUUAAAUUGAUUCAUUGAAAAGAUUCACACAGAAUCACUUCUGCAGCAGCAGUUCUGUCUGCAAGUCGACGAAUCAUGAGUAGGGUUGGGUAUCGAGUAUUGAUUGGAACCGGGACUGACUUUCCGAUUCUCCCGGAGUCGUUCAAGAGUUUAAAUUUCAUUCCUAGUUUUGAUACCCAGUCCGCCGACCGGAAGAAGAAGCCGCUGAACACCAACGAAGAAGCGCCCACCGCCGGAAGUGUUAGCAUAGCCGAGCCUAUGUAGCCGAGCGAGUCAGUCAAGCAUAGAUAGCGGCCGUCGGCGGUCGAAAGUGUGGCUUUAUUUUACAAAAAAAAAAUGAAAUCUCGGCAAAAUGCAACACGUGCGACAGGACUGUUUCGUGCUUAGGAGGGUGCGCGUCGAACAUGAUGAAGCACCUCCGAGUUCAUGGAGUACAAAUAAAUGCGUGUCCCGUCUUCGACGCGCUUCUCCGACCGUCCUCCUCUGCCUCCGAUGCCCAGCUUGGCACCUCGGUGACUGUACUGCAGUCCGAAUCCGCCAGGCUCUGCAAUGUGCUCAGCGUACUUCGUUCACCGUGGCAGCAAUGGGGAAGAUGUCGGUGCCACAGACGGAAGAGUGCCACAGAAAGGUCUCAUAAUCAAAAGACUGCAUCCCUUUUCAGAGGUGGAAUCUCCAACAUUUAGGGAUAUGGUGAAAACUCUCAACCCAAAAUACAGACCACCUUCCAGGGACUACCUAUCAAACACAUUGAUCCCGGCAUGGUACAAGAAGAAUCGGAAUCGAGAAUCGUCAGGAAUCGGAAUCGAAACAAAGAAUCGGAAUCGGAAUCGUUCAAAUUUAAACGGUACACAACCCUAAUCAUGAGUCAGUCAGUAACAGCUUCCCCAGCGGCAGAUCUCGGUGUGUGUCAGUUCGCAAAUGACACAAGCCCUCAGCACCCAAUGAACGACGCACACAGUGACUGAACGAGAUCCUCGAUGUGACGUCAUCUUCCGCGACAAAGUCAGUUCUCUGUCAGUAGGUUUGCGAGUCCUGAGAGGGAGAGCGUUGUCGUUCACUGAGUGAUUCAUGUCGUUAACCCGCGGUGAACGAAUCGUUCGCUCAGUCCCCCCCCCACCCCCCCGCGCCCCCAUGAGUAACUGGCUGCGUUGAGGGUUCAGUGAGUCACAGAAUGCGCCAGUUUGAAAAUACUGUUUUUUAUUUUUUUAAUUACUACAUUAAAUGUGAUUAUUUUAACAUUUAAAAGUGAAUCUGACAAGAUAAUAAUUAAUUUAAAUUUUGCUACAAAUAUUAUUUUCUUUUUUUCCCUUCUUUUCUUUGUGUGACAUGACAUUUUAAAAUGGAUCUGAAAACAAAAUAAAAAAACAAAAAGUUUUUUAAAGUGGUAAAAAUUACAUACAAAUUUACAAAUGGUAUUAUUAUUUUUACAUUUUAACGUUUGACUUGAUGACAAAAUUGAAAUAUAUUCUUAAAUGUUUGAAAUGCAAUUAUUUUCUACAUUAUUACAUUACAUUUAUUUUAACAAUUCACAGUGGAUUUGACAAGAUAACAAAACGAUUCUAAAACGUGUUACAAGUUUUCCUUUUUCACAUUACAUUUUAUUAUUUUAACAUGUAAUGUUUCUAACAAAACAUACAUGUAUUAAAAAUGUAAUAAAAAUCACUCUUCAUUUAAUAUCACAUCCGAUGUGGGUUAUAUAUAUUUUUUUUAAACAAUUAUGAUCACUCUUUAAGCGGUAUCUAAUAAACACGAUAUGAAAAAUAGAAUAAAAAAAUGUGUGCAGGUCGGCGAAUCAUGAGUCAGUAACAGCUUCCCCAGUGGCAGAUAUCGAUGUGUGUCAAGUUGGCGAACGACACAAGCCCUCAGCACCCAAUGAACGACGCGCACAGUGACUGAACGAGAUCCUCAAUGUGACGUCAUCCUCCGCGACACAGUCAGUUCUCUGCGUCAGUACAUUCGCUCACGUGAUUCACGUCUCGACACAGUCAGUUCCCUGCGUCAGUACGUUCGCGAACGUGAUUCACGUCUCGACACAGUCAGUUCCCUGCGUCAGUACGUUCGCGAACGUGAUUCACG